GGCGGGGCCGGGAGGUGCGGGGGGGUCCCCGGGCCGCCCUCGAAGCCCUCAGGGGCCGGGAGGUGCGGGGGGUCCCCGGGGUGCCCUCUGGGGCUGUGCGCUGCCAUCGCCCAGGGUUGGUACAGACCAGGGAAGCGCGGGUUGGGGUUUUUUCCCUCCCCUGGUGACUGUGAUUGUGGCCAUCGGCCUCCGCUGGGGAGCAGAAAAAGAAUAAUAACAAUACAUGGUUGGUACAGACCGGGGGAGCGCCGGGUUGGGGCUUUUCCCCUCCCCCGGUGAUUGUGGCCAUCGGCCUCCGCUGGGGCCUGAGAGCAGAAAAAGAAUAACAACAAUAGUAAAAAAGGAAGCUGCAAUUACAGGAGUAAAGCUGAGUAAAUAUUCAGCCCCCAAAGAUGCUGAGAGGGUCCAAGGCUCCCCUGAAAGUUAAAGAAAAUGAGAGUGGUUGUCCUGAACAGAAAGAAGAGACCUCUCUCCUUCCAUCAAGAGACCAGAAGAGCUGCAAAGUGACCAAAUCCAAAGUCAUGAGAGCAUCCAAGAAGGAGAAUUUCACUGCUGGGAACCAGACACGGCCACCAAAACAUGCCCUGAGAUGGCCCGAGGGCCCUGAGGAGAAUCUGUGUCCCCGCCAGGGCUGUGCUGGGGGCUGGCAGCUCCCUGGGCACUGUUUUGGGGUGCUCAGUGAAGCCCCCGUGCCCCUGCACACCAGGGAGGGUUUCUCCAGCAGCAGAGCUGUUCCCUUGGGCAGGGAUUUCUCCACUCCUGACAGGAACAGAGAGGAAGGCAAAGCUGAUUCUGGACUGUGUGAACAGAGGGAAAAACCUGCUGGUUUUGUUGCUGAGCUUGGGAUGGCUCAGGAAGGUUCUGGCAAACGCCUCACGGGGACUUCCCCAACGCCUCCAAAAUCCAGAGGCAAAAGAUCCAGGGUUGGAUUGGGGGGCUCCCCAGAAAACACGUGCCAGACCUGCUGCCUGGUCCAUCAGAGGAGCAGCAGGCCCAGGGAGCCUCUCAGCCAGAUCAGUCCCUUUAACCCUGCACCUGUCAGGUUGUGGAAGGAGAAGAUCGACACCUUCCAGGCCUGCUUUGGAGCCCUGCAGGAAGCAGAGGGGGAGCUGAGGAAACCCUCUCAGGAAGGAGUCUCCUGUGCCCCGUGUGAUGCUGGCUCUGACCUCACCCCAGGGAGGGCUGGCCUUGGGGAAGGGGCCAGCCUGGCAGAGCUGGGUGACAGCCAAGCCCCUUUGACACCUCUGGGAGCAGGGGACACUCCCAGUUGUGUGGCCCAGAGCAGCUCCCUGCUCACAUCCAUCCUCAAGAAAUCCUCAGGGAAGGAGCUCGGGGUCAGCCCCAAGAAACACCUAGACAGUGCCAUCAACAGAGGAGGUGAAUCUGCCGCAGGCUCUGGUUCUGUAAAAGAAUUUGGAACACCGCAAACAGAAACACCUCGUUCUCAGGGCUCUAAAACAGCAAACAAAAGAGUAACAUUUGGCCAGGUUCUGAGCCCUGAAUUAUUGGAUCAGAGCCUGCCUGCAAACACCCCCCUGCACAGAGGAGCCUCCCCUGGGUGCCCUGCAGGUCACAGACCCCGGGCAGGGCCAGCCCUGCCUCCGGAGCCUUUACCCCGCCUGGACUUUACCUGCAAUGAGGAAAGUGUUGAGCCUCUCCCAGAACUCCUGGAAGGUUCUGUUGCUGCAGAGGCCCCUUCACCUGCUCAAAGUGCAGAAGUUGCAAAGCCUGUGUCAACAGCUCAUGCUACUAAAAGGAAGGGCGGGGCCGUGACCGAGGGCACGGAGGGUGACCCGAGCCCCUCCCUGAGGAGGAGCCAGAGGGUGGAAGAAAAACGAAGAAAGAUCCUGACUGCUCCUGCUCCCACGGAGGCUCAGAAAACAAAAUACCCAAGCUUUGAGAGAAGAAGAAAGAAAAAAGUCAAGAAAUCUUUGUAUGGGGAAAGAGAAACAGCUUCGAAGAAACCCCUUCUCAGCCCUAUCCCUGAAAUCCCAGAGAAUUUCUUUUUUGUCUCAUCUCCAAACUCACCAAAAACAGAUGCACCUUUUACAGAGGCUGCAGCUUUGGAGGAUGCAGGGGCAGCUGCCCUGUGCCCAGGGCCCCUGGAGGAGGCAGCAGGAACCAGCCCCGAGGGCCCAGGGAGCCUGGAGGAGGCAGCAGGAACCAGCCCCGAGGUGCCAGGGAGCCUGCAGGGCACCACCACCACUGCUGAGUUUUUGAAUGCUGUGCCAGAUGCAGAAGGUGACUUUGAUACACCUGAGUAUUUCCAUCAAGGCAAAGAGACUCUACGUGCAAAAGAAGCAGAAAAGCAGGAAUUGGAAGGAAAUCUCCUAAGGGGGCUGGAACUUCUAGAACAACAGGAUGCACAGGAGAGUGCCCAGAGAACCAAACCUCAAAAGGAUUCUGUCAGAGGUGAUCCAGCCAGGAGAAGAAGAAGCAGAAGAAGCAGCAGCGCCUUCUAUCACCUCCCUCCUGCUGAAAACCUGGAAAUAAGCGGGGCUGAAGUUGCAGUUUGCUCCUCCAGCGUGGAAGAAGCUUUGUCAGUGCCCCGGGCAGAGGAGGGGGCCCUGCAGGGCCGCAGGAGGAGCAGCAGCAGUGCAGAGCUGAGGGUGAGGCGCAGCCUGAGGCUCAGCAGGGAUGCAGCCAGCGAGGGGCUGGCCUGGAUUCAGCUGCCCGGGCAGCCUCCCCUGCCAGCCAGAGCCAGGAGGAGCAGCAGCGCCUCCGUCCUGGCAGCAGCUGAGAAUUUUCACCACAGGCAGCAAAACCUCCCGGCCCUGCCGGCCCCGGGGAAGGAGAACCAGGGCACUGCUGGGCCCGGCAGGAGGAGGAGGAGGAGGAGCAGCCUCUUGGAAGCCACAACUCGAGAAAUGCCCUGGGCUCACACCCAGAGGAGGAGGAGCACAAAUUCUGCAUGUGGGAGAGACAGGAGUGACCAAAAGCACUCGGCAGCAGCAGAAACUCUUGAGCUGAGGUGGGAGGAUGUGCCAGGCAUCCCUGCUUUCCUCAGCUGA